AUGAACGGUGUCAAAGUUUAUGCAGCAAAUCCCACCAGUCAUGGCCGUGCAGGAAAACAAUCCCGCUCCAAAGGCCAAAAGGCCAUCUUGGUCUUUCCUGACAUUUUUGGAAUAGACUUGAUAAACGUACAGUUGAUCACAGACAAAUUAGCAACCGACUUGAACACGCCCGCCUACUUAGUCGACACCUUCUCCGGUGAUGACGUUCCUGAUGGCCCUCAACCCAAUCAGCUACCAGUAGGCUUUAAUAUCACCGAGUGGGGCAAGAAGCAUGGCCCCGAGCAAGUUCUUCCGCUCAUUGAAAACGUUAUCAACAAUCUCACUGCUCAGGGUGUGAAACGGUUUGCUGCCAUCGGGUACUGCUUCGGCGGGAAAUAUAUUUUCCUGAGCUCGGAUAGAAAUUGGAUACAAGUAGGAUCCACCUCUCAUCCCAGCUUGCUACAAGUACCAGAUGAUUUUCUGGAAUUGCGAGCGAAGAGCAAAGCUCCUCUUCUAAUCAAUUCAGGUGAAAUUGAUUCACAAUUCGGAGCUGAGGCACAGAAACAAUCCGAUGAAAUUCUAGGUGAUGGUAAAUACAAGCCGGGUUAUAAGAGAACCUAUUACCCAGGCGCCUCUCAUGGAUUUGGCAUUCGUGCUAACUUGAGCAACCCCGCAGAAAAACGGGCUUUCGAUGACUCCUACAAGCAGAUCGUGAAAUGGUUCGAUACCUACCUUUGA